AUGUAAUUAUAUCUGCCUCGAUUUUGCAUGGGUCAAAUCUUCAGCAGAUUUGUAAAACCUGUAGCUCCAAAGAAUGUGAAUCAAAAGAAGAGAGCACUCCAAAUAGCAAUCAAAGAAAAAUAAUAACAACUUGAAUAAAGUGGAUUAUUAGAUGAAAAUAUUAAAUAGGAGAGGUUUACUCAUACUACCAAUUACAAUUUUGAAACUUAUCUAAAAUACACCAAGUUAGUGAAGGCAGAAAAGGAGAAAGAAGUCUAAGUGAUCUAGCCUAAAUAAAAGCGUGUUGCUAUUUAUGAUCGUCCCAAAUUUGAUUUAUCAUUGACUGAUUAUUAUGUUUGGACUACAUUUCAUGAUCCAUAUUAUAAACCAGACGAAUAUUCAGAAAUCGUGGUGUGCAAAAUAUAUUUAUCACCAAAAGGAUUGAUUCAUGCCUUUGGUAUGGGGAUGGACCCAUGGAGAAACAAAUUAGCUACCAAAGAAUUUGACUUUGAAGAUUCCAAUCUAGAUAAGUUUUGCUUGUAUGAUGCAAAAUAAACCACGAAGUAUUGGGGACCCAAUAGAACAGAAUAAUUUUAUAAUAAACAGUAGUAUUUGAAACCCAUCUACAGAAAGUAGAGGUGGCCUACAUUUGAAGAAUUCUGGACUCAAGAAGAGAAAGCUCCAUUUCGAGUAAAUUGUACUAGAUAUGGAGACUUCAGGAAGUUUAAAGAAUGGAUUCAAUAAGAAAUUGAACGCUGCUCUAAACUACCUUCUUUUGAAGAAAGAGUCUUGAAAAAGUAUGGCCAACCAGAGUUCUAUGCUGACUAUUCUAAGAAUUAUCAAUGCAAGACAGAACCAGCAGUUUAUAAAUAUACUAGAGAGUACUUCUUGGAAAAGGGAUAGAAAUUGGAUUAAUCUAAUGUUUUGAACAUACCUUUGCAACCACCAGAACAUUUGGGUGAGGAAUAUCGUGUACCAAAUAAAUGAUAAUAAUUGUGUGGUUAUUAAUUUUUAUAUGAAAUAUUAAAUCGC